AUGGGUCUUACGCCUGCACUUGCGCUUCUGGGUCAAAUUCAUGUGGACAGUUAUGUCAUAAUACCGUUGGAGGUUAUUAUUGUACAUGUAGAGAGGGUUAUAAACUGCAGAGUAGCGCAGUGUGCACAGGUAUGAUAAAAAUGAUUUUAAUCUAUACGAAGUAGAAUAACUGUAAAAUUAUACGCCGUUAUCAAUUGUACAAAUGUACUUUCUGCAAAAAUCUUAUAAAAAAAUUUCGGGAGAAGAAUAAACAUUGUAUUUUGUUAACUAUAAAAAUUAAUUCAUCUUUAGUCACCGACUUGAUGAAAAUUUAAUAGAACCCAAAACAUAAUAUUUUUUACGUGUUAAAAUUAUCCCAGACAAAUUAUAAAAGUACAGGCUCAAAUGGCACGUACCGAGAGUUGCCUAUCAGUGUAACAAUGAUCUUAAAUUGUUUACAUUUAUCGUAAGCUUGUAUGAUGUAGGGUAAAGGAAAAGAAAAAAAAAUUGAAAAGAUGAAACAAAUAAAGUCGAAACAAAACAAAAACAAAACAAACAACAUCAAGACCAAAAAUUCCAAAGGUGAUGGUAUUUGCAUAAAAGGUGCUUUUGUUGGUGCUAUUAUACAUUUUACUCGAAAUAAAUGAAUUCCUGAUUAAUUGUAUGUGUUACGAAUUGUAAUUUAAUUGUCCUCUUCAUAUUGCAGAUAUCAACGAGUGCGCCUUAAGUAAUGGAGGCUGUAGUCACCAAUGUGUGAACUCUCCUGGCUACUACAACUGUAACUGUCGAAGGGGUUUCCGCCUCGUUAACAGUAAAUCUUGCAGAGGUAUUUUUGCUAGUAAAUUAUGGAAUAAAGUAUUGGAUUUAGGGCUCAUCUAAGGGAAAUUUCAGUAAUCUUGUCAAAUUUUUUUUUCCCUCGUAGAUAUAAACGAGUGUGCUGGCAACAACGGAAACUGCCAGCACAACUGUAGAAAUCUGUUUGGCAGCCACCGCUGUAGCUGCGAUGAGGGAUUUAAUCUACAUAGCAAUGGAAGAACUUGCUCAGGUACUACUAACCAAAUAAAGAUGACCAUUAAAGAACACCUGACUUUAAACACUAUAGCGGACGGUCAAGUCAGUGAGCAUGAGAGCGAUAUGAUUUUAAAGUAAUGCAUAGACGAUAUCAUUAAGGAGCAUCCAUCUACAUUUCACCCUGUAUUAUCCUGUUAUCUACAUAAACCCUCAGUGGAUUCCGUAUCCACUGUCUUAUAUCACAAUGCACGUUUUGCUUUUACGUAUCCAAUUAGGAGCGUUGCCUGCUUUUGUCAUGUUGCACAUAUUUUGCGCGCACGCAAUGGUCGUGAGCGCGUAUAAACCAUACUCUUCCGGACUGAAGAAGAUUUAACAACACUUAAUUUCUUUCGGGUGUUUUAAAACGAAUGUCUUGUCGGCUUCGUGCACUUGACCGAUUCAUUGAGAAAACAAGAUCGUAUCUCAUUGUGAGAUUUGUUUCAUGAAAACAAAUGAAAAAUGGUUGCAUACUAUCAGUUUUGCACUAGAAAGAGCUUAUGUAAUCGGGAAGGAUUCGGAGAACGAUGCUUAAUAGGAUGAUAGUUAAAGAAGAUCUGGGAGCUAAGCUCCAUGCUACCUGUGCUGUAAAAAACUGUGAGUGAAAAUCCAAUAGACGUAUCUUAUUACAACUUUGAGAGGAAGAGGAUGGUGGGUACAAAAUAGGACCAGUUUACUUUUCAAAACAUUCUGCCCUCAUUUUUAACUGUUUAUUUUGUUAUUCAUUCUUGCUGUGCUUUUAAGACAUUGACGAAUGCAACACAGGCCAUGACUGUCAAGAGAUUUGCAGCAAUACUCUUGGUGGAUACAAGUGCUCUUGUAAUGAGGGAUAUCAACUUACGACUGAUAACAGAACAUGCACAGGUAUGUUUCCAAGUCAACUUCCCCUCUGAGAUGAAAAACCUCGCAACUGAAAAUGAUAUCAUCUAUUUGGCGCGUAAAUAUGAUGACAUAUACUUUGUGGACAUUUGCAAGAAGAUAAAGUAUUCCUUGAGCAAAUCCCUUGAAAAAAUGAGCUUCGACGAGUGGUUGAUAGCUAUUAGCGUGUUAACAAGCCAGAAGGAGGUUAUACGUCGAGUUUAUUUUUCUUCAAAACGUUCUUUAGCAGCGCGGAACAAAACGGCUCAGAAACAGUUUACCGUCUAAAUUCAGCGCGACUUUUAUAUUGAACAAGGAUUUCUCUUUUACGGUAACAACAGAAGCGUGCUCUCCAAAAGUGAAGAAAAUCUCAGAUGGAGACUUAAAUCACAUGGUCAGUUGAGAUUUAAAAACUGGGUUGUAUAACUUUGGAAAUAUGAAGAUCUUAUUCGUUAGUUUUACUUAUAAUACCAAGGGUUUUUUUUUUAUCUCCAUCAUCACUUUGAGACGGUCGUUACGAAUUGGAGAAAAAUUUUAUAUACUAAUGUCUCUUAGAUAUCGACGAGUGCACUUCUAGCAACAUCACUGGGAGUAACGAAACAGUCACUCUUUCUGGUUGUUAUCACAUUUGUACGAACGUCAUGGGAAGUUUUCGUUGUUCCUGUAGGAAUGGGUAUGUGCUGAUGUACAACAAGAGACAGUGUAAAGGUUAGUGGUACAAAUGUAACUACACAACGAGGAGUUGAAGGGAUCUAUUAUUAAGUUCUCUUGUUUUUUUCUUUUUUAGCUAUAAAAAGACAAUGGCCGUUUUUAUGCUAGAGACGUUAAAGUUGUCUAAGACGUUAAAGUCGUCUCGAGACGACUUUAACGUCUCUAGCAUAAAAACGGCCAAUGUCCAUAGGUUUUCCACUAACUAAAUUUUAUCCCUUGGGGACCAAUAACAAAUGUUUCAGUUUUCUUUGACUUGCCUUUAGAUAUUGACGAAUGCCAGACUGGAAACCAUUCCUGUGACCAUAACUGUCUCAACUCGGAGGGGAGCUACUUUUGUUCAUGUAGACAUGGCUACAAAUUGUCAUCAGACGGUAAAAAGUGCGAAGGUUCGUAUUCAAGAGUGAUGUAACUGUUUUCAUCCUUUGCCGACUCACUAAUUUAAUACCUCACCUGUAGAACGAGAAGAAAAUUUUUAUAACAUUUCGUUGCCACAGCUGAAACGUAAUCAUUAUAGGAAAACGGAAACAAUCAACCUCUUCCGACCGUUGAAGACAUCGUUGCUAUGUGAAGCAUGCUUAAUCUUUAAUGCCUCAUCUUUGCAUGAGUGAUUUCCUAACCCUUCCAUCUGCGAAGCUUAUCGGUGUCCAAGGGCUCAAGAUCGAUAACAAAACCCUUGAGUUUAAUAUCAAGUGAUCCUUCGAGUUCAUCUAAUAUAUGUCUAUGGUUUUAGUUUGUAAUCUCGUUUGUACCUGGUGCAUUCAACGAAAUUUAUAGCGUAAUGAGGAGAGAAGAGUAGAGAAUAUUAUCGUCGAGUAAACAAAUUCAUCGCUAAACGUUUUCUUAAUGAUUUUGCAGCUCAGCCCUGUGAGAAGAUUGAUACACCACUCAAUGGUACAAUGAAUUGUUCAGGACUUGUUACUGAUGCCUCUUGUUCAUUUUCUUGCGAUCCCGGGUAUGAUUUGGUUGGAUCACAGUUUAGAACUUGUCUUCCUUUUUCAAGAUGGAGUGGGAACUUGACUUUCUGCAUAGGUAACUGCUAUUAUCUUUUCAUCGAACUAUCCGCCGAUAGGCACCUCCGGUCCUUUUAUUAUCCAAGCAAAUGGAACCAUCAUAUACGCGUAAUAUCUUCAGUUUCUGCUAUCUAUAGUUUAUUUGGCAAAGUCGAUUAAUUCUUGGAUAAAGAGAGUCUUCUUUAGUGUGGCCAUUGGAAAAAGCGAUUUUAUUAUAACAUGCCUUUGCAAUAGGUUUUUGGUGAAACUGACAUAAAUCGGGUACCUUGGCUGCUCUCAAUUAACAAAAAGAUGUUGUGCUCUGUUCUGUUGUAGAGCAUGCAGGAAGCGGCUAAGGGCACGAAAGAAGUGUAGCGAGACGUAGUCGAGUGUUUCUCCUCACUUCUUGAGCAAAGUCAAGGCUUCUCUAUUUGUUUUAUGACAAAAAUACCGUUAUAUCUCCCACACAUUACUUUUAAUUUUCAAAACAAACUUUAUUUCCAAAGAGAACAACAGUGCCGCUAGCAUGCUCUAUUUAACAAAUACAUUCCAAGUUGCCGUGCGUCUGUUCAGUAAUAGAUCACAGAUGACGUCAUAAUGUGGCAAGAACAAAAAAGUGGCACACGAGACGCAGCCACUUACCACAUUUUGACGUCCUCUGUGAUCUGUUACUGAACAGACGUACGGCAACUUGGAAUCUAUUUGUUUUAUAUAAUAAAGAAUUAAAAUAUACGGGAAAAAACGUUUUAAUGAUGACAUCAUCUAUACGUCUGUCCUCCAAUAGAUCAUAAGUGAGAACCAAUCAGAAUGCGUGCAUAACUGAGCUUAUUAUAUAAACUCUUAUAGAGCAUGCUACAACAGGCCAAUCAAAAACCUUAUUAGAAUGAUUCAAAUAGUUCGAUUGGUUGAACAAUACUAGAGCUGUCAAAAUUGUCAAACCGUCAAAGUUCCCAAUCUGCAAUAGUUUACAAACUGAAAUGGAUCGGCAAGUCGAAUUUAACGCUUUUGCUUGAAGUUUGUUUGGUCUCAUACGGAAUGUGAAAGUGAAAUGUUCGGUAAAAUCCGGCCGAAUUGUGGAUAAUAAAACGAAAUUUUUUCACAAGAUAAUUAGAAAAAACACUGUUCAAGGCGUGUGUUUUAUGAAUGAACGACGGCCGAACUCACAGAAGCAUAAAGAUUUUUCAGGAUGACAGCGACGUAAAAUUCGCCUGCUGUGACUGUUGUGGCCUUCCACUCAACGUAUCUUAAACUACAUCAGAGCAAGCUCUUAGCUGUUCAAUCGAAGGGCGGCCGAUGAAAUUUCUGAAGCUUGCUUCACUGCGAUGACCGGAGAUGGCCAUGAUGAGCUAACCGCGAUGGACCUGAGCAUGAUCACAGUCGCUCUGACACCGUCUUGAUUAGUAUGAAUUUUAACAGUUAUGCCAGUUUAGCUAUAUUUUUCAUAUUUUUCAUCAAUCCUGUCUUGCUCUGUUUUGUUUAUAAACAAGAAACUUUAUAUACUAGACGAGUGUUAGCUGUGUUUGAUUUUAUUACCGUACGUAGGCUUGCAGUCUAACUGAACAUGAAAACCUUCAAAACUUAGACUGUCCAUUUCGUGUUCUCUAUAAGGAUUUUCGUCUCUGCUCAAGUUAAAAUAGCGUAAAUUACGGCACUUGGCAUGUUCCCAAACCUUUGUAUGGUUCUUCUGUUGCUACUUGCCACCUCACUUGUUGCGAAAUUUCACACCCAAUCAACGAAAAAAAGCUAGAGAGAAGUCUGAGGAAAGGUCAGCAGAUGGUGUAACAGCUUUAGCUCAGCUCUUUGUUUCGUACUCUGAUAAAGCACCCUCUUUCAAACUUUGACGGCGUGCGUUAUAUCCGAACUUUAUUGUAAGAGUUAACUAAAAUAUUAUCGAAUACAAUUAAAUUUCAAGUAUAACAUGGUGCCGAAAAGUCCUGACAGCGCACAAACAAACAAAUCUGGUCCAAAAUCAUUACUCACUGCUGCUUUUUUUCCUCUUUUAGUGAAACAUUGUGAAAAGUUGACAAUCCUAAAGAAUCAAACCAUUUUAGUUCCCUGUUUCACCUCCCUCGGUUCAACUUGCUAUUUUGGAUGUCGCCGAGGAUUUUUCAUGGAUGGGGACAGACAAGCAAAUUGCACCUUGAAUUCCAAGGGUGACGGUGUUUCCUGGAAAAUUGGAAAGUUCACUUGUAAAGGUAAAUUUUUCACUAAAGUAAAACGACACUACAUCUCUUUUUUUUCCUCAAAAAAUAGGCGAGUAGGUGUUAAAUAAAUAGGAACGUAACAAUCUUGCUUCAACUACAGUUCCUGCAGUGUUGAGUCGCUUACCAAACUGAACAAGUCUUGAAAUGAUCAGGCAAUUAAAACGACGUUUAAGUGACUUAGUCCUUCAAAUAGGUAAGAGCUUUUCUACGUCUCGGAACAUCACUGCAGUAGUUAGCGAUGUAAUCUUAAGGUGUAAUUUUUCAAAGUAGUCUUGGGUAAUUGUAUUAUAUUGUUUUACUGAGACCAUGGGGGCAAAAUUUCCGCCUUAGGACCCUAACUUUAAUCUUGUAUAAUUGAUGAAUUACGCAUAUGAUGUCCAAAAAAGUCUGUGUCUAGCGGAGAUAGUUAAGGUGACAUCUGUCCGAGCUUUGAAUACAUCUGAGUCCUACUGCUCUUGUUCUAUUACUCUGACGAGGGGCUUGGGUUCGAAACAUCGACCUUACAAACACUUUGCGGUGGCUAAUUUACACUAUCAACUCGGUAGAUAAAAACCAAUUAUCUUGUUAUCCCCCCAUCCACGAAGCACCGCUGUAUUUUUAGAAACUUAUCUCCCAUUUUCUUUGAGACAUCCUCGCUGCCAUUUAUAACAUCCUCAACUGUAAAACAGUCAUGCACUAUAAAGAAUUUGGUUAAAUUGUCGCAUGCAUUCGCUCCCCGUUUGCACAUGUCUGCAACGUAAAGCAACGACGUUACAUACAGAAAGGAGCUGUGGUCAUUUGCAAAUUAAAAUGACCCCCCUACAAAUCUGAAAGUAAAUAGCGACGUCUAUCGCUUCUAAAUCCCUAGAGGGAAGAUAAAGGUUGUAUGAAAUUAAGUGAUCAAAAUCCAUCAGUAAGUAAAAGUGUGAUAACUCUGUCUACUAAAAUGCUGAAAAAAGACUCUUACAAUCCAGCAAAUAAAACCAAACCACUAAAAAAGCAAAUACGAUGGGUCAUUAAUUCGUUCUUUGACCCUUGUCGAUGGCUUAACCUAUUUCUUGACACAUUAUCGCAGGGAUCAAGACUUGCCAGCCAAAUCCAUGUAGACAUGGUGGGAAGUGUUACGCUCUGAACGAGAAGGACUAUACCUGCAACUGCGAUAAUACUGGUUACAAGGGUGAUCAUUGUGAAACUGGGUACACUGUAACACCAAUCUUUCCAAAGCUGCGCUCAAAAAUCAAAUCUGGUAGGCUUUUCUUCCUUGCAAGACCAUUAAGACGCUUGACGGUAGAAAUGUCCUCAGCAAAAGGAGUGACAUUAGAGCCCCCAUCCACUGUUUUCGAUUCUUCUAGAACAAUCGAACAAUUUACUGUCGUCGCGGAAAAACCCGGAAUCCGAGCAAUCACCUAUGGCCUUGAAGGGGAAAGUAAAAACGAUUUUGAAAUUCCUGAACCAAGCGUGUUUUUUACGGCGCCAGAAACGCCCUCGAAUAACAGCUUAAGCAGACAGCUAUUUCUUCCUAAGGGAGAACUACCCAUUGGCUGCGAAGAUUUUAACACAAAACUUUCUUGUGAAGUACGUCUGUCAUCUACCGCACGGUGGACCAAGAUUUCUUCCUCUACCGACGGCAUUGUCCACAUCAACUCUCCCAAAAACCAAGAAAUUCCUCUUUCUCUGAUCGGUUGGAAUCUAGGAGAUCGUUUCUCGCGGGAUAAGAUGAUAGAGACCGGUGUAGCUGGGACCUCCUCGUUCAAAAAAUAUACUCUUUUGCUCGCACGAAAUGGCACAUGCCAGGCAAGACUAACAGACACAAACAGUCUUCUUGAACUCAUACAGAAUGAUGCAUUCGUGUCCUCGUUCAUGGAGGCUCUUUCAUCCGUAGCGCCAGAAUGGCUUUCAUUCUCUGUCGCAGAGAACAACAAUAUUUUCGACAUUCAAAACAUUGCUGCUAAUCUGGCAUCUGAUCUGGAACACUGCACAGGAUUUCCCUUUAAUCAAGCUUCAAGUCUUGUCUACUACCGUCCUACUGUGAAUUACAAAAUGCGUGUGGCACAAGACGAUGUUGCCUUGUUAGCUGAUGGAUCAACAUGUUUUGCAAUAAACGUCUGUGAACCUAGUUUGUUUGUCAACUUUCCCAAAGGGCAGGCUGAUCUCAUAAUGAGUUCUCUUAAUUUCUUCCGAGAUAUGCAAAACAGUGGGCUUAGUCUUCAGGUUGAUUCGAUUGGCCUCCAUAAGAACAAGGAAACUGCACAUUUUGUGAAGGGAAUCAUUUGGAAUGGCAAAGAGCUUCAAGAACUGUCCCGUCUCCACUACCAAAUGUGGCUAAAAAGGAAGUAUUGA